UUUGUCUUCUUUUUUGGAGUUUUGGAUAGUAUCGUUUUGUGACUAUUGCAUGUCAGCAAAAAGUGGCUCUUCAUUCAAUCUUUCGGCAGUAGGAAAAGACUUCAGCCUUGUAUCUCCUCACAAGGAUAGAAGUCUGUUUGAUCUACCUUCUUGGUCUUUCUCACAAAAAGAAGACUUGCGGGACAUCAUAAGUUCAUCAAGCGAGGAGUCCUGCUCAUCUACUGCAGUGGGGAAAGGUAAAAGUUAUGACAUACUAUCACACUUAACACAAUUGAAAGAAAGCAAGAAAAUCCACUCAGAUGAUCUGGAUAUAAGCUUAGUGAAUCUGAAAGGACGCAAGAAAAACCACAUGGAUGAGCUGGAUAUGAACAUAGAUGCAUCAUCUCCAGUUCAGAGAAUUCCAGAUCCUGACUGCAUUUUCCCCUUCAAGGAGGACUUUCCUUCAGUACUGAGUCCCAGGACAGACUUCACAUGGGGAAGAUCUAAAUCAAACAUACCUGUUGACCAUGAAAGUUUUUAUGACUUCAACUUUGAGAACAAUAUAUCAGGAGAGCUAUCAGGUUUUGCCUUUCAGCCCCAGAAGCCUCACGCACAUACCCAGAUGUCAGAAGGUUGUUUACCAUAUUCAUUUUCUGCUGGGGACAGUCAACAUGACACUCAAUUGUCUGAUUCAGUGAGGCAAAGGAAUGCUAGCAAGACCAGUGGAGAAUCAGAAGGAAUUUCAAUAAAUCUAGAAAACAAGAUCCUUAGUGAAAAAUCUUUGUAUUCACUAAGCGAAAGAGAGAAUAACAAUGAGGCACCAAGUGAACGUCUAGAACUGAACAAGAGGAAAGCAUCAUCCUGCAGCUCCAAGGCCUAUGAUCCUCCUGAAGAAGCUGAGGUUCCAUGGAAAACCAAGGAAGUUUCUGAACUUCAGACUUACAUUAAUGACAAAGUUUCUCUGGAUCCUUCAGAUAUCAGAAACAAAGAGUCUCUUAAAGAUAAUUUGGGAUCCGAAGUGACAUUGUUGGAAGCAUUCCAGGUGAGGUCUCUGAUAUGUCUUACCAAGUUCUGCUAGAAAGAUAUGUUCUUCGACUUCUCUGUGUACAAAAGGUGCUUCUUGAAGCAUGACAAAGUAAUACUGGGAUGCAGUGAAGAAUAAUUUUCAUUCCCCAGAUCAAGUAAACUGACCCCUGUAUGAUAGGAUUGGAUAUAACCGAAAAAAAAAAUGUACUCUUCUGUAAUUGAGGGCAAGGAUCUCUCUGAACAACAAGGAGCGGAGACAGCAGUGAAGUUUAAUAGUUUUA